AUGUCUGCCAGUCCAGCACUUGCCAAUCUCGUCUCGGGAACAGACAGCGAUGACCUUACUGAUUCUAUAACUGACUUUAUUGAAAAAAAUGGUGCUGAGGGCCUAAAAAAUUUUACUCAAGAACGACUUGAUCGAUGGAAACAAUGCUCCCUGAAUGUUGCUGUAACAGGAAACAGUGGCGUUGGUAAAUCCACACUUAUUAACACUAUGCACUCUCUUCGGCCAUAUGAUCCUGGUGCAGCCGCUGUCAAUGUUGUUGAAUGUACAUCAUUACCAACAGCCUAUCCACAUCCAGAAAAUGAAAAUUUGAAAUUUUGGGAUUUACCAGGUUUCGAUAGUGACAGCGUCGGCACAAAGAAAUGCCCAAAGCAAGCCUAUAUAACUGCGAUGAAUUUCAAUCAAUAUGAUUUUUUUCUCAUUGUUUGUCGAACACGUUUCACUGAAAAUGACACAUGGCUUGCCAAAGAAAUUAACAAGAUUAAUAAGGGUUUUUUCUUUAUACGUACACAAAUCGAUGCUGAUAUUGACAAUACUCAAGAUGAACAAGAAGAAUUAUUCGAUGAAGAAAAUCUUUUAGCAAAUAUUAGAAAUGAUUGUUUAGCACAUCUAGAAAGUAAUAAUAAGAAUUUCUCGUCUGCAUUGUAUUUAAUCAGUGGUAAGUUAAAUAACAAUCAGCGAUGGGAUUAUCCUCGGUUAAUGGCUGAUUUAUUGACUCAUUUUCCUGACUUGAAACGACAUGCUUUCAUUCUUGCUAUGAAUCCCGUUUGUAAAGAUGUUGUUCGAGCUAAGACAGUUCAUCUAAGAAAGCGUAUAUGGCUCGUAGCAGUAGCAUCUGCUGCUGUAGCUGUCAUACCAGUUCCAUUCGUAUCAAUUGGCUUUGAUUUAACAGCAUGCAUACAAGAAACAAAAUUCUAUCGACAACAAUUAGGCCUUACCGAAGAUGCGAUACGCACGCUGAGUGAACGUCAUGGAAUACCAUACGAGCGAUUUACAAUCACAAUCGACGAGAGAAUUCCCAUUCAAGCAGUCGCUAGUGUAGGACAAUUUGUUUUAUCUGUUGCAAGAUCAGUUGCUACAUCGAUGAUAAAGCAAGAAAGUGCACGAUAUAUACCACUGAUUGGAUCCGCUAUUGCAAGUGCAGCCUCCUUUGGUACUACGCUCUAUAUAUUAAAUACUAUCUUGAAUGACAUGGAACAGGCUGCAUUACAAGUUCAAGAGAUUAUUGUACAAUCGAGCGCUAACUUUAAUUGA